AUGUCGACCCUUGCAUCACAAAAACCUUACUUUGCCCAUCCGUUGCAUGAUCAGUCUACGGAGAAGGAUUCGAUAACAUUGCGAGUGGUGGUUGUUGCAUCACCAGCUGCAACAUUACUAUGGAUUGUGGACGGCAUGGUUGUUAGUGGGAUGGAGGGAGAAAGCGUGAUAUACGAGGAUGGCAUUGGCAUUUUCUCCAUUAAGAACCUGAAAAUAGGAACAACAUAUGUUUCCUGCACUGCGAAAAACGAGCACGGAAUAUGUAGUACUAGUGCGACAGUGACAAGAAAAGUAAAAAGCGAGCUGGAAGAUAUCACCCAGCAAAAGGAGACAAAAAGUGAGAAACCAGCAGAGUGGAAGGAUGAAAACGAAAAGGAUAUGGAAGUGGUAACCACAAUGACAGAGGAGAUAAUACUCAAAGAAGAAGAAAAGACAGCAUGUUCCAAAUUUGGGGAUAUCACUACUUCAAGAACGUUUCUCAUGAGCGAAGCGGCAUGGAGUAAGGAGAAAGAUGAAAAUGUUCACGCGGAGAAGCUGGAGAUGGAAAAGAUAACUAAAUCUGAGGAGGAAGGGAAGAAACCCGUGAAAGAAAGUAAACAAGAUAAAGCAUAUGGAGAAUUCGAGAAAAUUCCAGAGAAUGAACAAGUAACAGGUCCCGAGAUUGACCUCACCACCAGUACCUACGAUGUCGCUGCCUACACGACCACUGCUCCUCUGAAGAAG